GGGAGAGGCACUGUUUGGGAAACCGAGCAGAAGCCGGUGGAGAUGGGGACGAUGGUGAAGGAGCUUCUUCCGCACGCUGCUGCAGAGGAAGCUAUUUCGGGCAAGAAAGGGAAGAAGCAGAGGCCGAGACGCCGGGGGAAAGAGCGUGCAAAUGUUUGGGUUGUGUUGGGCUCCUCCUCUUCUGGAGUGUGGAGUAGAAACAAUUGCCAUAUGAAGAUUGAAGGUGCAAGCAACCGAUAGGUCUUUUCAGGAUAUCAGUGUGAUAAUGUGAGCUUGCUUUUUGAUAUAAAUAGCAAUGUGUUUGGCUGUUUGCAGCAUUAGCCUUUCUGUUGAUCCUAUUCACUGCAGAGUGGAGAUUCAGGAUAACUAGAGGCUAUUUGCGAGAUAUCUGACGAUGGUUCAAACCAAGGAAGAUUUCAAAUUCGACGAGUCCUUGGGAUAUGUUUUGACUGACAAGGAAAUCAGUUCAUUUCGAGAUUUUUACUCCAAUCUACCAUUGCCAUCAAACCAGGUUGAUGUUGGUGCUGCUGUUGCCAAUUCUGGUGCUGAAGGUUAUUCGUCGAUUUACAGGCCGGUUAAACUGGUUAAUUUGGGUGAAUUGUCCAGAUACUUGACACCAUUUUUGGAUACAUACUUCAAGUUUUUUGAGGUUGCAACGAAUUUACAUCCGGAUGCAAAUUGUUUAGGUGAACGAUUAGUUAAUCGCGAAACCAAUAAAUUGAAUAAUUAUUUUAGUUUCCAAACAUUCAAAGAGGUUUGUGAAAGAAGGAACAAACUAGGGUCUGGUAUUUUAAAUGUUGUUCGAAAUAAUAUCAAUUAUAGAAAAUUUACCAGUGAAAAUGCGCGAGUUUAUUCAAGUGACGAUGAGAAUUAUAAUUAUGAGUUUAUUUUGACUCUUUACUCUUCAAAUCGAAUUGAAUGGGUGUUGACUGAUUUGGCAUGCCAGGCAUUUGGAUUGCCCAAUACAGCAUUGUAUGAUACGUUGGGGUCAGAGACGUCUGGUUAUAUACUAAACUUGACAAGGUCGCCAAUAAUCUUUUGCUCCAAGGGAAAUAUCAGUAAGAUAUUAAGACUAAAACAACAGGACUAUAAAGACGAGUUGAAAUAUUUAUUGAUUAUUGUUUCGAUGGACAAACUAGAUAUUGAAGAAGAUUAUUAUUUGAUCAAGUUUGCAGAGUCUAUCAAUUUGCAAGUUUAUGAUUUGAGCAGUUUAGAGAAAAUCGGAGAAAAGUUUCCAAUUAAUUUAAGACCCGCAAGGAAAGAUGAGUUGUACACUAUAUCGUUCACAUCAGGAACAACUGGAUUGCCCAAGGGGGUUGAAGUCAGUCAGUUGAAUCUAGCCUGUGGUAUAAAUUUGGCGUAUAGUCAAUUGGGGAAGCCAUUGAGACCCAAGAUUGAUUAUUUAAGUGAGGAACAAAAACUGGCGUAUCGGAACAAACAAGCAAGGGUAUUGGUGUUUUUACCAUUGGCACAUAUAUAUGAAAGACAAAUUGCAGCGUUUGAAAUGAUUUGCGGAUGUGCAUUGGGGUUUCCAAGCUCGAGAAAUCCGGUUGUGACGUUGAUUGAGGAUUUAAAAAGCUUGAGGCCAUACAGUUUGACGGCGGUUCCAAGAAUAUUCACCAAGAUUGAGAGUGCUAUCAAGUUGAUAAUCAAAAAUUCGUCGCACAAAAUUAUUGAAAAGAAAAUUUUGGAGAUUGAGGCUAGAGAUAGUAAAGACGGGGAUAAGGAUAGAAAUGAAGAUGAUGAAGAAUGGUUGUUUGAUGAAACGUUUAUUAAAAGACUCCACGGUGAAUUUGGAUUUGAAAACGUCCAAUAUUGUUUGACUGCAUCGGCGCCAAUUGCGGUUGAAACAGUGAAAUUUUUGAAAGCAGCAUUGAAAGUUGGAUUUAGACAAGGAUACGGGUUAACAGAGUCGAUGGCGGCUAUUACGAUUAGCAAAGCAUACGAGAGAGAGCCUGGGUCAUGUGGAGUUGGGGGCAUCACUAUUGACUAUCGACUAAGAGACGUUCCUGAGAUGAAUUACCAAAACAAGAAUAAAGAAGGAAAACCCAAGGGAGAAUUAAUGUUGAGAGGGCCACAAAUCUUUUCAAGGUAUUUCAAGAAUGAGAAAGCGACAAAGGAAUCGUUUGAUAAAGAUGGGUUUUUCCAUACCGGGGACAUUUGUAUGAUUGAACCAAUGAACGAUAACAGGUUGUUUAUAAUUGACAGAAUUAAGAAUUUCUUCAAGUUAAGUCAGGGAGAAUACAUCAGUCCGGAGAAGAUUGAAACGAUUUACUUAUCGGCAUGUCCGAUGGUUCAGCAGGCGUUUAUUUACGGGAACUCAUUGAAGAAUUAUUUGGUUGGUAUUAUUGGGAUUGAUUUUGAGAAUUUUCAGAAAAAUGUUUUGAAUGGGACAAUCAGCGAGUUUGAAAAAAUACGAGGCGGCAGUGGGAACAGCAAUUAUGGAAACAACAACGAGAGACAAUUGAACAAAUUGAUCAAGUUGGUUGAGGAAAAUGGGAAAGAAGAAAAGAUAUUGGAGUUGGUGAAUGAGAGCUACUUUAUCAAGAGAAGCCUUGUGGUGUUUUUGAACUCGCAGGUGGAGGAGUUGUCUCGGCAGAUGAACAAGAAGUUGCUCCAGAGCUUUGAAAAGGUGCACAAUAUGAAGAUCGCAGUGAAUCCUCUCACGCUCGAGGACGGAUUGGUGACACCCACAUUGAAGAUCCGAAGAAACAACUGUGGAGUGUUCUUCAAGCCUGAGCUUGACGAGUUGUACCGGGAGGGAUCGCUCAUCAAAAAUGACAAGCUCUGAUCUGCAGUGGGUGGAAGCAGAAUAAGUAGUCAUAUAACAAUACAAAGACGUAAAGACAUCGAGACGUAAAGACGCAAAGACGCAGACGUAAAGAAAGAACAAUAGAAUACUCUCGGCAGGUAGAUCCAGCA